AUAAUUUCUAUCACCGCUUCCUACAUCCAAAAUGCUCCUACAACAGCGACUGGCAUCGCGGCCUGCCAGGGCUGCUGGCAGCAGGCGCGGGCGGCCCCUGCCCUUCCAGGGCAGCCGCCUGGUCUCCCACGUGGCCGCUGCCGCCGCGGAGGUGGCAGAGGCGCCAGCGGCCUCCACCUCGGCUCCUCUGGCCGGUCUGGACGGCCGCCCCAACAUCGUGUCGCUGCUGCGCGCACGUGGCCUCAUCCAGGAGGUGACCAACACUGAGGAGCUGGAGCGUGCCGCCGCCGCCGGCCGCCUGUCCGUGUACUGCGGCUUCGACCCCACCGCCGACUCGCUGCACCUGGGCAACCUGCUGGGCAUUGUGGUGCUGGCCUGGUUCCAGAGGUGCGGCCACGAGCCGGUCGCUCUGCUGGGCGGCGCCACGGGGCGUGUGGGCGACCCCAGCGGCCGCAGCACGGAGCGCCCCGUGUUGAGCGAGGAGCAGAUUGAGCACAACGUCACAUCCAUCGGCAACCUGCUGCGCGGCAUCCUGGUCCGCAACUCGCCGCCUGACGCGCCGGCCGUGCGGGUGCUGAACAACCUGGACUGGUUCGGCAGCAUGGGCUUCCUGACCUUCCUGCGGGAGGUCGGCAAGUUCGCGCGCGUGGGCACUAUGAUGGCCAAGGACUCGGUGCGCACGCGCAUGGAGAGCGAGCAGGGCAUCUCCUUCACCGAGUUCACCUACCAGCUGCUGCAGGGCUACGACUUCGUGCACCUGUGCCGGGAACACGGCGUGCGAGUGCAGAUCGGCGGCAGCGACCAGUGGGGCAACAUCACUGCCGGCACCGACCUCAUCCGGCGCCUGCUGGGCGGCGAAGACAAGGAGGCGCCCGCCUGCUACGGCCUCACAUUCCCGCUGCUGGUGGACAGCGAGGGCCGCAAGUUCGGCAAGUCGGUGGGCGGCGCCAUAUGGCUGGCGGCUGAGCGCCUCAGCCCCUACAAGUUCUACCAGUACCUGUUCCAGGUGACGGACGCGGACGUGGUGAAGCUGCUCAAGAUGCUCACCUUCCUGCCGCUGCCCGAGGUGGAGGCGCUGGAGGCGGCCAUGCGGGCGCCCGGCUACGUGCCCAACACCGCCCAGAAGCGGCUGGCGGAGGAGGUGACGCGCUUCGUGCACGGCGAGGAGGGGUUGGCGCAGGCGCUCAAGGCCACAGAGGCGCUCAAGCCCGGCGCCGCCACGCAGCUGGACGCCGCCACGCUGGAGGAGGUGGCGGGCGACGCGCCCAGCGCCUCGCUGCCUCGCGCCUCGGUGGCGGGCGCCCCCCUGGCGGACGUGAUGGUGGCCAUCAAACUGCAGCCCAGCAAGAGCGCCGCGCGCAAGCUGAUCAAGGGCGGCGGUGUGUACCUGAACAACGCCAAGGUGGUCGAGGAGCUGUACGUGGUGCGGCCCGAGGACCUGAUUGACGGGCGGCUGCUGCUGGUGGCGGCGGGCAAGAAGAACAAGAUGCUGGUGCGCAUCGUGGACUGAUGGGGGCUAGGAGGAGGUGGAGCGCGGGCGAGCGGUGCGGCUGUGGCGGUGGCGGGUGUGGUGGAAUGGUGGUGGGCUGUGGUGGUCUGGAAGAUGCGCUGGGCUGUGAUGUGAUGGUGGAAUGCGAUGGGCUCAUCGAAAUGGAGACAAGUGGACUGUGGAGAGUAUGUCCAGGGGAGAGGUAGAAGGCAGGAGUCAUCCGCAUGCCGACAGCGCGGACGCUCUGUAAACUGAUUGUGGUCGAAACUCGAAACCCGAAACUUGAAAGGGUGAUGGACAGGGGUGAUGAAGGGGCAUGGCAGCCCAGGUGCGGCGGUCUGGUGGUGAGAGCGGAAGAGCGCAUACGCUAGAUGCGCCACAUUUGGUCAAGUACACACCUGA